AUGGCCGAGGACGAAGAAGCAGAACCUGAUCAGCCUAUGCGGUUCUUGGCUACAGACUGCAAUGAGCUGUUCGAACAAAUCAUCAAGACUAGUUCCGUGAAUCAGCGAGAAAUCAUUUCUCAGACAAUCGUGUAUCGUGAUGCAUUUAGUGCCUUAACAUCAUUUUUAUGUUUCUUUAGCGAACCUGGCUCAUCCCUCGACUACCGGCUCCGAAGGCAUGAAUCCAUCCAAGAUAUCAUGAUCCGACUAUUAGAGUUAUUACGACAGAAUCUGUUCAUCGUGUUCGAUUUCCUCUCAAACACGAAAUCCGAGCGUCCGCAGGAUUUAGAAUCAGAGGCAAGAGCGGCUCUGGCUGGCAUCAAAGACUCGUUGAAAAGUCUGAAUAAACUUGCAAUAACUAUCAGGCAAUCAUCCAGGUCGUAUGCACUCACCUUGGCUCGAAAUUUCGCAACUAUGAAUCGAAGCCUGGAAGAUCUCGAAGAGCUCAUUUUGACAUCUCUUGAAACACUGUACCCAAACGCGCCUGAAAGUCUACGAGAGCACAUCUGCAACACGCUCACUGACAGGUACGCAAGGCUAGAGUACAGUGCCUAUAUAAACGACAAAUCCAGCUCCAAGUCUUUGAAGCAAGCUCAAGGUGGCGAAGCUCCUAUGAGGCCGAAGAUUGAGGAGGAAGCCACUGGACAGACCUCGGUUAUUUCAAGAUCAAAAACUGUAGAGUUUGACUAUGUUCAGAAGAAGACACAAGAGGAAAACCCAAACUUGCAACAGAAGCCACUUUCGUCUCUCGACACUGGACUCCUACGUCAGCGCUUUAACAAUGAGCAUAUUAAGAGCUCUCGGUCGAAAAGAACCUUGUCUGUUUAUGAAAGCGAUGGUCACUUGUAUGAGCCUAAACCACCAAAAUUCGAGGCUGGUGAAGCUGAGGUCCAAUGCGAAUGGUGUAAUGAGCUUCUAGAUCGAUCUGUUGUGAGGAACAAUCGAUGGUCAAAUAUCGGACGGCUUCACUACAAGCGUGAUCUCAAGCCAUUUCCAUGUCUUUCUGAAACGUGUGGGGAGUCUCGUCCUAGCUUCUCUUCUAGGAAACAGUGGCUUGAGCAUAUGCGAUCGAAACACUCUAUGGCCUGGCCUCAGACUCUCUAUGGCGAGAUGAUGUGGGUUUGCCACGAUCACGUUGAGGACGGCGAGAGCAUUCCGUACGCCUUCUCAUCUAAGAACGACCUUGACCAGCACAUGCUAGUGAUACAUCAUUCCAAGAAGCGGUUAUCCGACAAUAAGCUCACAAAGUAUCUAGAACACCAAUCAUCACUUAUCGACACCAUGUCGCCUUCAUCUUGUCCAUUAUGCUUCUUCGAGGUUGAAAACAGUCUUGGGGCGAAACAAACAUCAUCUUCGAAAUCCGGCGGGACUCCACCAGAGCCGUCAAAAAGGGUUCAAAGUAGCAAGAAGAAUCAGAAACGUGUAGACUCUCGCGUCAGGUUUGCAGACGACGUCAAGGCAGCUUCUGAAGUUGAUACUGGCGAUGACCCAGACCAUGAUUCCUCCGCUCUUUUCGCAUUGGAAAUACACAUCGCGGCCCACUUGCAAUACUUGCUCGUUAUGUCGCUGCGCCUCAUGGAAACUAUAGGUCAUGAUACAGACGAAGAAUCUCUCACUGGCCCGCAUGGCUCGAAUGAUCCUGCAACGGGAUCCAUUUCCUCCUUGAAAGACGGCCCAGAGUUAGACACUUGGUCCGGCGAGGAGCCAGCGUUGGUGUACAUUUCUGACCCAGAACGAGUUCAGCUGGAACAGAUGAGGUUGAAUGAGGAGGCAGCUGAAAAUGUCCUGUCACCCUACGAAGAAGGUCAGUGGGGCGGCCUUGAUCUUUUAGCGGAUGGUCCCGCAGAAGAAGACGCCAUCCUUCAGCAUUUCAGCAAUAAGCAAAAAGAGCUCUCUCGAAUUGAGUCCUGUAGGAAGUCUGUCAGGGGCCUACGGCAGGACCUCACAAAAGCCCAUGACGAGCGUGUUGAAAAUGGGUAUCGGUGGAGGGAGAUCGGUCUUCUACAAUCGGAAAUAUUCCGUGAAUCCAAGGAGGUAGAUGAUCUUAAUCAGGCCAUUGAGGCAUUUCAGAGGGCAGCAGAAACAAUCCCGUCGGAGCAUUCCGUUAGAUGGCAAAACCUGGCAGAUCUCUCUGCUCACCUGAUCGAAAAGUAUAAAAUAGAGCGCCACGGAAUGAACCUUGACAGGGCUAUUGAGAUCACAGGAAGAGUGGUCGCAACGAACAAUGACACUCACCAGCAGCUGGACCAUUAUAUUCAUCUCAGUAACCUAUAUCGGUGGCGAUAUUCUGAGACCGGCAUGGAUGAAGACCUGGUGUAUGCUGUCCAAAUUGCGCGGCAAGCCAUCGGACUGGUUCCGGAAGACAGUGACAGACAAGCAAGAUACCGUAAUCAUCUAGGACAACUAUUGACUUUGGACUAUUGGAGAACCGGUAUUGAAAAGACUAUUGAUGAGGCGAUAUAUGAGCUACGCCUAGCAUUACACUACGUGACCGAGGAAGACAUUGAGUAUAGCGAGUACUUGGCAACUUUAUCAGUUGGGCUUGACAAGAAGUUUGCAAUGUCAGGAUCUCAAGAGGAAUUGGACGAAGCCAUGCAACUUAUGAGACGAUCAAUCGACCUUGUUGCUGAACGCGAUCCCGCCUACCUGAGACGUCUGAACAGCCUAGGGGUCAUGUUGGGGGAGCUAUACAAUACGACCGGUGCAACAGACGCUCUCGAAGAAAGCAUCCAGGUUGCACGAAACGUUGUAGCUUCAACGCCCGAAAACGACAUUGAUGCCGCAGAUCGCAUGGCAUACCUCGCGGCUCGCCUUGGCGAUAGGUUCAAAAUAUUUGGUGAAUUGGAAUUGCUAGAGGAAGCUAUCUAUCUUUCCACUACUGCGAAAGCACUCACCCUUGUCGAGCAUUCUAGCUACCACGUUUACUGUCACAAUCUUGCGACCAGGAUCUUCGAACGAUUCUUCAGAACCAUGUCAAGCGAGGAUCUAAGAGAUACCAUUCUCAACAGCAGUGAAGCAGUCAAACUCUUGCCAGAUACUGACGUAAACAAGGCUACGUAUUUAUGCCUCCUGGCAGAUGCGACAUUGGAACUGGCCGACCAUCUGGGCGACCAUCAACAGCAGCGUGAAUCACUUGACUUGUAUGAACGGGCUCUCAACCAUGGAUAUUCUUCAUUGCAAUCUCGCUUGCAGGCUGGCCAAAAGCUCUUCGAGGCAAACUUUAAAUUUCAAAAUUGGGAUGGUGCUUUUAAGGUUGCGAAAACGACCAUUGGUUGCCUUGCCCAUCUACCAUUUGCAGAGCUCGAGCAAAUUGACAAACAUCGCAUUCUUCAGACAACAGGAUGGAUUACAUCUGAUGGCGUCGCUGCAGCACUGAAUGCAGGGCGGGCCCCCUUUGAAGUUCUUUCCUUCCUGGAGGACAGCCGCUGGCUAGAUGCUAAUUCUGGUGGCUAUUACCUGGACGACUUUGAGCGCUUACGUCAAGCGCAUCCUUCGAAGCUAGAUGAGCUUCUUUCUAUCCGAAAAGACCUCGGAAAGCCGAUAAUUGUUCCCCCGGCAGGCUUCAUUGGCAAUUCGCCCUGGAAAGCACAGUCCCGGAGACGCCACCAAGCAAGCAUCGAGUGUGAGAGAAUACUGACCGAAAUUCGAAAAGAACCAGGCUUUUCCAACUGGCUAAAUCAUGAGGAUGAGACAAGAAUGUUACAAGCCGGGACCAAAGGACCUGUUGUUGUUUUGACCACGAGUUACAUUCGGUUCGACGCCAUUAUCAUCUAUCAAGACACGAUUGAGGUUGUAAGCCUACCUGAUCUCGAUUACGGUCAAUUUUUGGAUAAAUCGGAUUUGCGCAGCAGAUUCACAGUAGCAACCUCAUUAUGGAUUUGGGAAACGAUUGCCAAGCCUGUUUUGGUCCAUCUUGGCCUAUCACCUGCUCCAUCCAACAAUCGCCCUCGUCUGUGGUUAAUUCCUACCGGCCCUUUAACCAAUUUGCCAAUCCAUGCGGCAGGAGACUACACAAGGCGAAGAUCGGAAUCAAUUUCAAUUUCAGAUUGUGCUGUCUGCUCUUACAGUACAUCUAUCAAGGCCUUGAAUUUAGCUCGAGAAAGACCUGUAGCAAUGCUUGACGGCGCAAGGGCACUUCUCGUUAGAACCGGAGACAGUCUGGGUGCUUACAAAGAAAUCUCCACUUUGGACGAUAUUUGCCGGUCUCAAGGGCUCGAAGUAUCCCAGCCAAACCUGAAAGAGGGCGUUUUACAAGCCUUGGCGAGCUGCACCCUCUUUCACUUUGCAGGCUUGUUCGGCGGCAGUAGGGGAGAUCCAUUCAAGAGCCAGCUUUUGCUCGCGAAUGGCUCAAUCACAGCGAAGGAUAUUCUAGACGCCACACCGCGGCUUCAUCCUCCAUAUCUUGCUUAUCUCUCCGGCUGUGGCAGAUCGAGAUCGUUUGAAAUAGCAUUUGCUAACGAAUGUCUUCAUGCAGCUGGCGCUCUCCACACGGGAGGUUUCCGUCACGCCAUAGGAACGUUGGGUCUAGUCGAUGACGAGCUCUGCGCUGAGAUUUCAGGUUUAUUUUAUGGAGCUUGGGCGAACAGAGAAUUUUCGGAUGAUACUGUUGCAUUAUGUCUUCAUGAUGCGACCCGACAAUGUAGGGAUCGGUGGAUUGCUGAGAGAAUAAGGCCCUGGACUGGGCUUACCCAUCGUGACAUCAUGCGUAUUGAUGAUGAUGAUGAUGAUGAUGAUGAUGAUGAAAGAGAAUUGAGCUGGGCUUCAUUUAUUCAUUUGGGGCCAUGA